AUGCGUAGUACCGCGCUCAUCGGUAUAUUUACGACUAUCAGCUCUGUCUUUGCCGUCAACCCUGCCUCUCCCGGCUGCGGUGAAGAGUUUGCCGAUGAUGUUGGUAUGGGCAUUGACAAGCGCUCCGACCUGAUCAAUGCGGUUCCCAACUUCUUCAAGCAGAAUGGAACCUUUGCUCUCAGGUUCCACAAAUCCCCCUUUGGCCAUCGGUUCACCGUCCCUGUACAAAUCGGCGAUCCACCUGAGUUUCUGGAGCUCGACGUCCACAUUGGCAUGGCCACCACCUGGGUCUUGGGUCCGGAUCCCGUUACGAGGGGCGGAUGGCCUGUCGCGGACAGAAAGGUUUGGGUUCCCGGCAACAGCAGCGAGCACGUGAAGCGCAAGAAGGGCUUCAAGAACUUUGAUCUGUGGUACCCGGAAAAGCAUGCCGUUCAGGGCACAGUCUACCGCGACCGCAUGUCCAUCGGCGAGGGCUCCCAGGCCUUCGGAUACUGGCACCAGGACUUCGGUGUCGCCAAGGAGAUCCAUCCGCGCUUUGUAUCCGAAAAUAGCUUUGUCGGUGUCCUUGGUUUGGGCUACAAAAGCGACCGCGGCGCACACCUUCCCGAGAGUAUAGUAACUAAUAUGCAGGAGAACCUCGGGCACUCUUGGCGAUUCUCCAUCGCCUUCAAGGAGUCUGGAGGCCAUAUGGAUUGGAACAUGCAUGACGACUCCCGACAUACUGGUGAUCUCUUUCGAACCGUUUACUACAAUAACGACAAAAUUCCGGAUGGGAACCAGAACUCUUAUCACGUGCUUAACAUGACUGGGUACGCCUUUGGCUCUGGAAAAAUACGAAAGAAGAUCUUCCAGGCCGGCAUGGAUUCUACCACUUCUUACAUCUUGGCACCUCAGCCUAUAGCAGAGGAUUACUACCGCACUAUUGGCGCCCCCACGCGGGAGAUCAAGCUGCCAACCGGCCACCGCGGUUGGGAGGUUCCUUGCAAAAAGAAGCUGCCCGACUUUGCGAUAGAAUUCACAAACACCACAACCCGGAUCGGCAAUGAGCUCUUGGAUGGGGAGAAAAAAUAUUGGGGCUUUAGGAAAUAUAAUAUCUCGGGUGAGAGUCUUGUCCUCCAGAAAACGAGAACAGACCCGAAACGUAAAAAGGAAUGGUGCCUUGGUGCCAUUGUGCAGAAUGAAGACAAAUUUUAUCCCGACUUCGUGCUGGGCUGGCCGUUUCUGAAGAACAAAUGGAUUCAGUUUGGCAAGUUCCAUGGCAUCACAAUCGGCGAAGCUUCCUAA